AUUAUGGGCACAGCCCUGCAGAACCUAGACAAUCUGGUGCAGAUGCCAAGUGGCUGUGGGGAGCAAAACAUGGUGUUGUUUGCUCCCAUCAUCUAUGUCUUGCAGUACCUGGAGAAGUCAGGGCUGCUGACCAAGGAAAUCAGGUCCCGGGCAGUAGGGUUCCUGGAGAUAGGGUACCAGAAGGAGCUAACGUACAAACACAGCAAUGGCUCAUACAGUGCCUUUGGGGAGAAGGAUGGAAAUGGAAACACAUG